AUGGCUGAAUCUAAAAGUUCUGCUUCACCACCAAGUUCCAUAGAUAAUGUGACUGUUCAGAUUACCUCUAUCAAGCUCAAAGGGAGCUCUAAUUAUUUACCGUGGGCACAAGCAGUGAGGGUCUACAUCAUGGUUAAAGAUAAACUCAUGAAUAUUACUGCUGGUCCUCCUGCUUCAGGUUCUACAGGCUAUGGAACUUGGAUGAAGGAGAAUGCCAUUAUUCUGAUUUGGUUGUGUAAUAGUAUGGAACCUGAUAUCGCAGUUAAUGUUAUGUUCCAUACUACUGCUAAAGGUGUAUGGGAUGACUUGAAGGAGACGUACUCUCAGCCUCAGGACAAGAGUAUGACUCGUACUUAUGAUUUGUAUGAGAAACUAUUUCAACUCAAGCAGUCUAGUAAGCCCGUACAGGUGUAUUACGGAACCUUUAAAGGCCUGGUUGAAGAGUUUAAUGUCCAUCAGACCCUCAGCGCUGAUAUUGAAAAACUUAAGGCUCAACGGAAUGAGUUCUUUCUGUCUAAAUUUUUAGCCGGAUUACAUACUGACCUGAAGUCUGCGAAAGGUCACUUACUUGCUGGAGAGACUAUUCCUACCCUUGAUACAUAUUCUCGUUUCCAGCGUAUUGGUUCCUCCUCUAAGCCUGACUCCACUCAUAAGGAUACUCCUGCAUUCUCUGCUUGUCGAGGUCGUGGUCACGGUCGUGGGUCAGGAGGAGGCCGUACAUCCGGUGGAAGAGGAUUUGAUGGUCAUGGUCCUGGUGGACAGCAGACAGACCGUGCUUCCAGGCAAUGCUCAUAUUGUGGCAAGUCUGGACAUCUUGUUGAGACACGUUGGGCCAAGCAUGGCAAACUGGAGUGGGCACAACAAUAA